AUGGCAGUCCCUGCCCCCGCACCAGCCAUAACGGACGUCAACACCUUGUGCUCCGACAUAAUAUUUAACAUGUUAGACUGCCUCCCAUAUCUGAGUGAUGGCAGUACAACAAACAAGCCGGGGGACUCGUGCUGCUCAGGCGCUGAGUCCGUGUUGGAGUUUAAUGGCCAAUGCAUCUGCGUCGCCUUGAAGACAAUUGAGGCACCGAAUCUAGCUCCCGAACCCGAACCUCUGGCACCAGCAUCAGUUGAGACACUGGAACCCGAAUCGCCAACUCCAGCACCGGCUCAGACGCCAGACCUGGCUCUGGAGCCUUCGUGUUCCGACGUUAUAUUCAACAUGACUGAUUGUAUCGCAUAUCUGAGCAAAAAUAGCCCAGAGGACCAACCCCAAGAUACAUGCUGCCCAGGCUUCAAGUCUGUGAUGUAUUUCAAUCACGAGUGCGUCUGCGAGGCUAUCAAGAGCAGUUCGCAAUUAGGAAUUGAUCUCAACAUGACCCGAAUUGAGGACCUUCCUUCCAUUUGUGGGAUCCACGAACAACCCCUUGAAUACUGUCGCAUUGAGUCAGCGAGUCCCUCUCCCAUCCCGUCGACUCCAUCACCACCCAAAUCAAAGGAGCAUAUGAAGCCAAGAUCGAAAACUCAGGCACCAGCUCCAGCCCCUAAACAUCGCUCGGGAUCUCGCUCCCUUGUUGGUUCUUCCUUUGCUGCUUUUGUUAGUAGUACUGCUGUUGUUUCUAUCUUGUUCUUGCACAAAUAG